CAGUCAGCUUCGAGGCAGGCGCAUUGACUAGUCGGCCGUCUGCUUCUAGUGCGUCGUCCUGCAAACACCCGGAAUAAUCCGGGCGAUGGCAUCCAACGAGUAACCAAAACUAAUACCACGCAACGGAAACAUGAGUUGCUCAAACCACCAGAAUCGUUAGGAUUCUUCCUCAGCCAAACAACUCAAAUCAAAACUCGGAACGAAUAUCAAAAUAUACAGUGAAAUUGUUGUUGUGCUACUCUUCGACGUCAGUUUAUUUUUAUCUAUUAUGUUAAUGGAUGAAAGUGUGCUACUUUGCGAGAUGAUGCAUUAGGAACGAUUAUCACGAUUUCUUCUUCGGAUCUUCGAAAGUGAAGAUGACGAGUAGAGUAGAACCCGGACCGCUAGUACCGCCCAAACCCAACGGGACAAGAUUUCCAAGUCUGAUGUACCCAACCGAUCCCAAAGUAGAGCUCUGCGCUCGAGUCGAUACUUACUAUGAUCUCACCGCUGCAGCCGUUUUUCUAGUGUGCAUAGUCGUUGGAGUUCUUUAUACAUUUCUAGGUUAUCAGUGCUUUAAGACCGUAAUGUUUCUCACUGGAUUCAUCUCCGCUUCACUUAUAGUUUAUCUCAUAUGUCUUCAAGGUGAACUGAUGCCCUCUUAUGGAAACGCAGGUGUUGCUCUGCUGGCCGGAGUUCUUUUCGGACUGAUAACAAUGCUGGUACAAUACGUCGGUCUGUUCGUCAGCGGUCUUCACACCGGUCUCCUCCUGGGCGCUGCGUCACUCUUGAUAACCGACUAUCUCGUCAACACCUCACCCAAAGGAUCCAUCUGGUUAUGCGUGGGCAUUUUACUCGCUAUGGCAUUAACAUUCGCAAUUUUGACACUAUAUUUUCGAAAAAGUUUGACCAUCGUCUGCACCAGCAUUUUUGGAGGUGCCAUUUUUUCCAUAGGCAUCGAUUACUUCGUCGAACGACUGACCAUUCUGUCUUGGGUAUGGCAAAGGAUGUCCCUCAAACCGGUAGAACCGCCGCCGUGCUGGUUCUCGUGGAUAAUUUUGGCCGCAUGGCCUUCAUUCUUCCUCACUGGCUUGAUCGUGCAGUGCACCGUCACCGGCAAAGGGUUACAUCAUGAAGUGACGAUAGCCCGCAAGAAGCAGAGGGAUCCGAUGAUGCGCGGUCAAACCAGGGCAGAAAUGCGCCAAAACAAGUACAGAUACUUGUACCAAGUCCGCACAGCGCACGGAGAUGUCAUCAGUCGGAAUUUCGUGCAAGCUAUGCAAAACAAAGAUGUGCAACAAGGCGGAGGUGUCGGUGAGUGUAGUACGCUGCAAUCUGAUGCCACCCAUUUGACUAUCUUGCCAGAUUUACAAUUAGCAGCGUACGCAGAAAGCGAAGACGACAGCCAGACAGAGGUCAUCACGCACCGUCAGUGAGAUUUAUUGUUUUCAUUUCAAUUGUGAGAAGAAACGAAACCAAAAGAAAAUAUUUAUUAUUGUGUACAUUUCUAUGGUAUUUUUGUCAUAUCUUUUUAAGACAAUAAUGACAACAGAAGAUGGUUAUGUUUGGCGAUUUUAUUGUCUUUUCAAACAAAGUAGGAGUAUUUUCUGGACGGAAUAUGUUCUCUUGUUUGUAUUAUUUUAAUAAAGAAAGACACCCCCAAA